GAGUUCUGAGCAACCAGCUUUUGAGGUUAAACAGAAGCACUUUGUUUUCUCCUCUUUUGGGCUCUGGAGGUAGUCAUGGAGACUGAAAGCAGUGAAAAGUCGAAAUUGGAUGAUUAUGACGUGAUAGAGCAGAUUGGAAGAGGAGCUUUUGGUGCUGCAUUUCUUGUUUUUCACAAGGCUGAGAAAAAGAAGUAUGUAUUGAAGAGGAUUCGUUUGGCUAAGCAAACUGAGAAAUUUAAGAGAACAGCACAUCAGGAGAUGAAUCUGAUGGAAACGCUUAAUAACCCUUAUAUUUUGGAGUACAAGGAUGCAUGGGUGGAGAAGGAAAGUUUUGUGUGCAUUGUGACAAGUUACUGUGAGGGAGGAGACAUGGCUGAGAUGAUAAAGAAGAAUAAAGGAACUUUUCUUCCUGAAGAGAAACUAUGCAAAUGGUUCACCCAACUGCUGUUGGCAGUAGACUAUCUGCACUCCAACCGUGUUCUUCACAGGGAUAUUAAAUGCUCCAACAUCUUUCUUACAAAAGACAAUGACAUCCGGCUAGGUGACCUUGGACUUGCAAAACUGCUCAACAAAGAAGAUCUUGCUUCCUCGGUUGUAGGUACCCCAAACUACAUGUGUCCAGAGCUUCUUGCAGAUAUACCAUAUGGCUACAAGUCAGAUAUAUGGUCCGUAGGUUGCUGUAUGUUUGAAAUAGCUGCACAUCAACCUGCAUUCAAAGCUACUGAUAUGACAGGACUGAUCAACAAAAUAAAUCGAUCCUGCAUCUCCCCACUACCAACUGUGUAUUCCUCUACCCUGAAACAAUUGAUCAAAAGCAUGCUAAGAAAGAACCCAGAACACAGACCAACAGCUGCAGAGCUGUUGAGGCAUCCCCAUUUACAACCGUAUCUUGCUCAAUGCCAUAAUCUAUCUCCUGUUUUUCUCCCGGUAAAGUCUGAAAAUAGCAGUAAGGAUAAACCAAAAGCAAUCUGUUUUCCAAACAAAUCUGGCACUGGAAAAGAUUCAAAAGGUGAAAAGGCAAGAUCUUCAAGAACCAGCCUAUCAUAUUUACCACCAAGGGCUUCAAAUGAAGAUGGACUUCAAGAAUUCACCUCUGAGAGCCCUGAGGUUGUGCAGAAGGAAGUCCAGAGUAUUCAAGGAGUUGAUAAUAAAGGGAACUGUAAGAGAUUGACAGCAUUGCGCGUAGUUAACAGAGGCAAUGCUGCUCUUUCUGGUAACGAAAAGGAAAGAGAAUCAAAGGAAAAGAACAAAUAUGAACACGAUAAAACUCCAAGAUUAUGUUGUUUACAUGGAACUGAGAAUCCCAGCUUGCCUGGAAUGAGAAUAUCCGCACAAAAUACAGAAUUAUCAAGUGGAACCCAAGCCAGAAAAGAAGAAGAUGAUUUCAGCAGUUUCAAGCAGAGAAGACAGGAAGGUAAUCAUGAGUCAAAUGAAGCCUCUUCCAACUCGUCAAUAAUGAGUACACUAACUCUGCUUCAUUGUUACCAAACGAAGACCAAAUGGGAUACUCAGAGCCAGAAAAGGGCAGACGCUCUGGAAUCACUGCUUGAGAUUUGUGCAAGCUUACUUAGACAGGAAAGGAUAGAAGAACUUGCAGGAGUACUAAAACCAUUUGGAGAAGAAGCUGUGUCUUCCAGAGAAACAGCAAUUUGGUUGACAAAGAGCCUAAUGAAAAUGGAUGUUCAAAGAAACAUGUCAAAAGAAUAUGGAAAACCGUAAUUUGUACCACGGGUUCUUGUUAAAUGGUGAAAUCUUACAUGAAAGUAUAAUAAAAAAAAUGUGUCACU